GGUCUGGACUCUUUAUAAUCUCAGCUGGAGCUCCGAGCCACAGACCCAUCCACCAUGAUGUUCUGCAAAGUUCUGCUGUGUUCAGCCACCCUCAGUCUGCUGGCUGUUUCUGUGGAGUCUGGAGGAGGAUCCACCAGCACCUUCAGCUACGACCUGUCCGGUCCGGCCCUGACGGCUCUCUACAACAAGAAAGUCUACCUGGCUGAGGUGAUGCGCAGGCCGCUUGGAAACCUUCCUGUUGCAGUGGGAAUAAUCAGCCACUGUGGAGUUCGAGUGACUCUGGAUGACGGCUCCAAGUGGUUGGUCCAUAAAGGAGACGGUUAUGGAAUAUCCUCCCAGACGGUGGUGACCGAUGCUCGACACAUGAGCUCCAACUGGCGGGUCAUCAGCUCCAAGAACUUCGGGGGAACCAGGACGGUGUCGGGCCUUGUGACUGCCGGGGGCCCAAACUAUAGGCUGUUCGGGGAUAACUGCCACAAUGCUUGUGAAAACAUUACGAAUUAGUGAAUUUCAGAAGCUGAUAAUAAAAUUGAAACCUCCA